AUGAAGCUCGCCCAUCUCCACCUCCCCAAUAUCACCUCAUUCACCCGAGUAUCGCGCCUGCAAGAAACCCUCACAACGCACCUCCUUUCACACAAAAGACUGGCAGUGGCCACAAGAGCGGCUGAUGCAUUUUCAUCCGCCAUCAGCCCUCUUACUCCCCCUCCAGACCCGACUAUUGUAACCUUCACCCCGAACCCUGUAUACACCACGGGACGGCGCGACCUCCCACCCUCAAACACGAGUCCGGAAUCAUCAUCCCCCCGGCAUCCCGAAUCUCUCUCUCUCCCGCCAUCUCUAGAGCCGAUCCGCUCUCUCCUAAACCCCCCACAUGGCUCCCCGGUGGCAGAAUACCACCCCACGCUGCGCGGAGGACAAACGACGUACCACGGACCGGGUCAGAUGGUCGCAUAUACGAUUCUCGAUCUUCGCCGUCUUGGUUUAACGCCGCGGUGUCACAUCAGAUUACUUGAGAAAAGCGUUGUCGAUGUUCUUCGUUCCUUUGGCAUACAGGGGCUCAUCACGGAGGACCCAGGUAUAUGGGUGAAGCCUAUUCCCGAGAAGACAUCCUUGUCAUCGUCGGCAUCGGAUAUCCCGAAAAAAAUCACCGCUGUCGGAGUCCAUCUACGUCGCAACAUAAGCAGUUACGGGAUCGGGUUCAAUGUGACCGAGGAGCCGAUGUGGUAUUUUAGACAGAUUGUCCCGUGUGGUCUUGAGGGGAGAGAAGCGACGAGUUUGGAAGCAUUGGGUGUGCGAGGAGUCAGCGUUGAUCAUGUUGCAGGCAUGUUUGUGGAUGCGUUUGCGGAGAGGUUCAAUGCGGAUUUUGUAGGUCCUGGUGGGCGAGGGCAGAGGAUUGAGAAAGUAUAUCGUAUUCAAGAACAGGACAUAUUGGAUAUGUGA